AUGAAUCCCGAAGAACCCCCAACUAGCAAAGAAUCUUUCAAAGAUGAAAGAGAUAUCUUUCUCGAGGUCGAGCAAGCCCGCGAUCAGCAAUCCCUUGAUCAGCGAUCCCUCCGCCAUGUGCCCAAACAGAUCCUCUCCAAAGCUCUUUCAGCCAUGCGACCAGCUCAUGCCUAUAAACUGGGCAAGCGAUUCGCCUACUGCUUCGUCCCUCAACUGUUCCGAUCUCGAGUUUGGAAUGAUGCUGACCCCAAACCGAAACAAUUCCCCACCAGUUACCUCAGCGGCCUUCGGGGCAUCACCUCAGUUAAGGUGUUUACAUUCCACUACACCUUCGCCUUCGGCGAUUUCGGUUUUCAGCCUUGGGGAACCGAUGAUCGCCAUCGCUAUGUGCUGGAGCUUCCAAUAAUCCGGUACUUCUAUUCCGGCUUCACCGCCCAUGUUUUCUUUGGAAUCGCGGGGUACCUCACGACUUUACGUCUCUUCCAAUUGAUGGACAAACACGAUCAAGCUUCGCAGUCAAAGGUAUUGCUCAACGUCUCCGGCGCUCUGUUUCGUCGAGCAUUUAGAUUAUACCUCCCCGUCUUGAUCGUCACUCUCAUCACCGCGCACUACAUCUACUUCGGCUUCUACGAAGAGAAUCGAUCUUACAUCUCCCAGAAUCCCAAAUACUUCCCCGGAACUUGGAAUGAACCCAAGCCGCCACAAUUCGCCGCGUAUCAUGAGCAAUUACGUUUUUGGGCGCGGGAAAUGUUCGACUUGACCAACAUUUUCAAACAUGGCGCGGUGUACCCCGACCAUGAUCAGCAUCUAUGGUCGAUCCUAGCCGAAUUCAAAGGAUCGUUAUUCUUAUACUUGAUUCUCAUUGCCACUAUGCAAUGUCGAAGAUAUGUCCGUUUGGCAACCAUGUGCAUCAUGACCUACAUGUUUUUUCUUUGGAAUCACUGGGAGAUUUGGGUCUACAUAUUGGGGGCCAUUGUGGCUCAAGUGGACCUCCUUCUCACGGAACAGGAACAAGAAAGAAAAAUCACCUUGGUCCCAGAACGACUGCCACCAUCGCCACCGCACUCCCCGGCUUCAGAACACAAACCACUGGAGACGUGGCAUCGCCAAAUCCCUCCGCGGAACAUGAAAUUCUAUCUUCGAUUCUUCGGCUUCCUAGUGGCCUUCUACUUCUUGUCCUAUCCGAUCGACGGCUACACAGAUUACGCACCGGGGUACAUUACUCUCAACCGCCUUAUUCCUGAGUGGAUGGAAAGAAAAGAUAAAUUCUACCCCAAUAUCGGCACGGCCAUCCUCCUCCUUCUCCUGGCCCGCGCCGAUCCUACUACUUCGAUCUGGCGACGAAUUCUGAAUAGUGACCUGGCACAAUACUUGGGCAAAAUUAGCUUCGGUCUUUACUUGGUUCAUGGCCCUAUCCUCCACGCCAUUGGAUACAUGAUUCCUCACAAAAUAUGGUGGUGGAUUGGAACCGAGGGCAUUGACACGAGCAAUAUUCCAUGGACGAUUGUCCUCUGUAUCGGUUGGUCAAUCAGCCUGGCGCUGUCUCUUUGGGUGGCCGACGUGUGGACCAGAGAAGUGGAAAGUCGAUGUGUCAAGGGGGUAAAGAAAUUAGAGGAGGUGUGUUUCGUCAAGAAGUAA